AGUCACGAAAAUACAAAGGAAAGGAAACGAGAAGGGACUUCGUCGUCGUCGUCGUUGCUGCUCCUCCUCCUCCUCCUCCUUCCCUCCAAAAAUAGCCUCCUCCUCCCACGUCCCACCCCAUGCAAGACCUGCGCAGAGAUCACGAAACGAUCUCGUAACAUUUCCCACAUUUCGUACCGUGAUGAUUCCGAUAUGAUCUGUCAGGUCUCCCCUCCAUUUUCCUCCUUCGCCAGCUGGUAAAUCUCUUGUUCCCCACCAUCCAUACCCAUCGCCAUCGCCAUCACCUGUAUCUGUAUCGUCACCAUCAUCAAUCCACAUCGAUGGAGAGAUCGCCGGCUCCCGAGAAAUCCAGCAGCUUCGCGAGAAACGACGGCGACGAGAUCGAGGAUGUCGCGGCGUCUCCCGAGUCUCCGACGGUCGAGGACACGGGCCCCGAAGUCCUUGAAGAACCGGCCGAGGAGGACGAGGCGGUGGAGGACUCUAAUGCCGUGGAGCCUGAUUUGACCCUCCCUCAGGUCUGGGAAGAGAUCGAUGCGUUCCUCAGACGUAAUUCCGAUUCGCCGUGGGACGACGGGGAGUUGAAUGCGGAUUCGGAUUCUGUUGAGAUCCCGAGAGCGGUCGAGUUGCUUUCCAAGAAUGUCGAGUCCGCGAUCAAUAAGUACGCGUCGGACGGGGGCAAGUCCAGGUUCGGCCACGACCUGGAGGAGGACUCGUGCUUCUUUGGUUCGGUGAGCCGGCUCUCGAAGAUCGUGGACAAGAUUGGGGAUUUAAAGCCGAGCGGUGAGAAUGCGAAUGCACUGUGUUCUUCUUCUCUGAACAGGACCAGCUCCGUGCUGCAGCGAGCGAUGUCAUUUUUGGAGGAGGAGUUUCGCGCCAUCCUCGACGAGGACUCCAAGACUGGAAGAGAUGAUUCAGAUCAGAAAUUUGCCAAGACGAAGCACUUGUCAUCGUUCAAUAAUUGCGGUCACGAUUCGGAUCGGUGCAUCCUUCCCGAGCCCGAGCCCGCCUCAGCGGAGGAGGAGUUUCCGUCAUUUUCGCCCGAAGAGAUCUCUGUCAUGAGCAAGAUCGCGGAUGUGAUGAUCUCUGCAGGCUACAAGACUGAGUGCUGCUUGCUGUGGAUGAUCAUGAGGCGGACGGCAUUCAAGUCAGCAUUGAGCAAGGGAGGGCUCGACGUCCUCAGCAUCGACGACGUCCAGCGGAUGCAGUGGGAUUCCCUGGAAAGAGAGAUUGGCACCUGGAUCGCCGCUGUCAAGCGAUGCUGCACCAUCCUCUUACCUCGCGAGGGCGCCCUCAGCGAUUCGGUGUUCUUGGGCCAGCCAGAGAUUGUGCAGAGCCUGUUCGGCAACCUUGCCCGCUCCGUCUCCAUCCGGCUCCUCAACUUUGCGGAGGCCGUCGUGCUGACGAACCGGUCCGCGGAGAAGCUGUUCAAGUUCCUCGACAUGUACGAGACACUGCAAGACCUGAUCGUGGCGGUUGAUGGGGCUAAGCAGUACUCAGAUGAUGCCAAGAAGGAGGAGGUCAGGGCGGAGAUGAGGGCGGUGAAGGGAAGGAUUGGGGAGGCGGCGGUGAGCAUAUUCUGCCAGCUGGAGAGCUCGAUCAAGAGCGACAGCAGCAAGGUCCCCGUCCCGAGCGGCGCCGUGCAUCCCCUCACUCGGUACACAAUGAAUUACCUCGAGUACGCCUGCGAGUACAAGGACACCCUGGAGCAGGUGUUUCAGCAACACCACGAAAAGGCCGUCGACGACACCUCUGACGGCGAACCCAUGGACAAUACGGACUCCUCGUUCGCGAAAACGUCGCCGUUUUCGGUGCAGAUGAUGACGGUGAUGGAGCUCCUGGACGCGAACCUGGAGAUGAAAUCGAAGUUAUACAAGGACCUAUCGCUGAGGUACAUAUUCCUGAUGAACAACGGGAGGUAUAUCGUGCAGAAGAUCAAGGGGUCCAGCAAGAUACAUGAGCUGAUGGGGGACACAUGGUGCCGGAGGAGGUCGUCGGACCUGAGGCAGUACCACAAGAACUACCAGCGCGAGACAUGGUACCGGCUGCUACAGUGCCUGAACCACGAGGGCCUGCAGGUGAACGGGAAGGUGUCGAAGCCGGUGCUCAAGGAGCGGUUCAAGAGCUUCAACGCCAUGUUCGACGACAUCCACAAGACGCAGACCACGUGGGUAGUGAACGACGAGCAACUGCAGUCCGAGCUUAGGGUCUCAAUCUCCGCAGUCAUCACACCAGCGUACCGGUCGUUCCUUGGCCGGUUCAACCAGUACUUGGACCCGGGGAGGCAGAGCGAGAAGUACAUCAAGUAUCAGCCCGAGGACAUUGAAUCUCUCGUCGAUGAGUUGUUUGAUGGCAACCCCACGUCAAUGGGAAGGAGAAGGACGUGACUUUCAUAUGGUGAGGGAGUGGCGAUCAACCGCGAGGAUGAUGAUUCCUCUGUGGAGAGAUAUCAUGGGACUUUUUGUUAGAUAACUAAUAAUCACUGAUUAUUGUUUUCUGGCAAGAUGACGGAGUCGGGUCGAUGCAAUUUUUUGGUACGUUCUUGACAAUUAUUACUUGGGAUGAUGUAAAAGUUCAAUUGACAUUUUGAUAAUGGCAAUGUAAGGAGAAGUUUUGA